AUGCCCCCCAUUGCAAUUAUUGGCACUGGCUGCCGGUUCCCUGGCGGCGCAGACUCUCCUUCACGUCUAUGGGAAUUAUUGCGUGAACCGACUGAUGAUUUGGCAUCCAAACCACCGCUCGACCGCUGGAACUUCCAUGGACCGAAUCAAGCUACAAAUAAUGAGGGAAGACAGACAAAGAUCAGGCGAGAUAGUACCCCUGAAGCCUAUUUCCUCCAGGAGGAUCUCCGUGCCUUUGAUGCCCCCUUCUUCAACAUCUCUCCCCUGGAGGCUGCCUCGAUGGAUCCCCAGCAACGGCUGCUGAUGGAAGUUGUCUAUGAGGCCCUUGAGGGGGCCGGCCUACCGCUAGAGCGCCUGCAGGGCUCCUCAACGGGCGUGUAUUGCGGCCACAUGAACCAUGACUAUUUCGACCUGCUCAACGCCGAGCCAGACGGGCUGCCCCCAUUUGCCCUCACUGGCACCCAUCCCUCCAUCCUGGCCAACCGCCUCUCCUAUUUCUUUGACUGGAGUGGGCCAUCGCUUGUCCUUGACGCCGCCUGCUCCUCCAGCCUGACGGCUCUGCACCUGGCCGCCAGCGCUCUGAACCAGGGCGACUGUUCCAUGGCGGUUGUAACCGGCAGCGCCCUUAUCCUGUCUCCAGACACCUCUACCUGGGCCACCCAGGCCCGUCUGCUGUCCCCUACAGGCCGCUGCCACAUGUGGGAUGAGGCCGCCGAUGGUUACGCGCGUGGUGAGGGGGUGGCAGCAGUGGUGCUGAAGCCCCUGGCCGACGCCCUGGCAGACGGCGACCCUAUAGAAUGCAUCAUCCGGGCCACUUCCGCCAACUGUGACGGCCGGACUGCCUCCCUAAGCAUGCCCAGCGCCGAUGCCCACUGCCGGCUCAUCCAGGCCACGUACGCCCGCGCCGGCCUGGACCCGCGGCAUCCCGCCGACCGCUGCCAGUACUUUGAGGCCCAUGGCACAGGCACUAUAGUAGGGGACCAGACAGAGGCUGCAGGCAUUGCCGCCGCGUUUUUCCCUGAUAGAGAGCCUUCCCCCACCGAUGAGCUGGUCUAUGUCGGCUCGGUGAAGACGGUCAUCGGCCAUAGCGAGGCCACGGCAGGCUUGGCCGGGCUCAUCAAGGCCUCCCUGGCCCUACAGCACGCCGUUAUCCCCCCUAACCUCCACUUCCACAAGCUCCAUGCCCAUGUCGCUCCGUACGCCUCGCACCUGAGCGUGCCCACAACCGCCUUGCCCUGGCCUGAUCUGCCUGUGGGCGUCCCCCGUCGGGCUUCAGUCAGUUCCUUCGGCUUCGGCGGGUCCAACGCCCAUGUCAUUCUAGAGAGUCAUGUCGUGUCUUCUCUCCCACCCGGGGCUGGACUGACUACGCCGCAGCCGGUGAUGCUUCCCUUUGUCUUCUCGGCUGCCUCGGAACGUUCCUUGGCGAUUCUUCUGCGGCGAUACAUUGACUGGGUAGAGGAACACAAGGGGACCAUUGACAUCUCUGGUCUGGCAGCGUCUCUCAUCUCCAAACGCUCCACGCUCACCCAUCGGGUCUUUCUCACUGCGGAUUCAAUUCCAGCCCUGUUGGCGAGAUUGAGGGACCACUGCACACAACCUACUCCAAUCACCCGUCGGCUCCCUUCUUUAUCCGUGGAAAAGAGGAUUCUAGGCGUGUUUACUGGGCAGGGAGCACAAUGGCCGCAGAUGGGCCUUAAAAUGGUAUCACAAUGUCCCCAAGCCGCCGCUUGGCUGCAGGACCUCCAACAACACUUGGAUAGUCUCCCGCCCGAGUACCGGCCGGGCUUCACUCUUCUCGACGAGCUGGCUGCGCCCGCCUCCUCCUCUCGCCUCGACUCGGCGGCGGUAUCGCUUCCACUGCGGACGGCGCUGCAGAUCAUCCAAGUGAACCUGCUGCGCGCUCUGGGGGUCCAGUUCGCGGCGGUGGUGGGCCAUUCCUCGGGCGAGAUCGCCGCUGCGUAUGCCGCUGGGUGGCUCAAUGCCGGCACUGCCAUCCAGAUUGCUUGGUUACGAGGAAUGGCGAUCGAGCGCGCCGUCUGCGCAGCCCAACCGGGCAGCAUGUUGGCUGUGGACAUUUCCUGGGACCAAGCCGAGGCCGUCUGCAGUGAGGAAUCCUACCAUAAUCGGGUGGUCAUUGCAGCGUACAAUUCUCCGUCCAAUGUGACUCUUUCGGGCGACAGCGAGGUCAUCUCCGAGCUCGAAUGGCUGUUCGAGAGCCUGGAAUACAGCCCGAAACGUCUUGCCGUCACCAAGGCAUAUCACUCGCACCACAUGCGACCAUGUUCGGAAACCUACCUGAAGGCCAUGACAGACUGCCAGAUCCAAGCCAGUAACAGGUUGUCUUCUGGGAGCAAAUGGUAUUCCAGCGUGCAUGAAGAGAUGGUUAUGGGACAGCCUGACGCCCAAUACUGGACUGACAACUUGCUGCAACCAGUGCGUUUCUCACAGGCCCUAGCCAAGGCAAUAGGAGAUAACGAUGGGUUCAAUGCAAUUAUUGAGAUUGGACCGCAUCCUGCUCUUCGCGGGCCAAGUCUGCAGACCCUGGCCACCCAGCCGAAUGAGAUGCCGUACAUCUCCCUCUCCCAACGCAGCACAGAUGAUAUUGAAGCCUUGACCCUCGGCAUAGGGUCCCUAUGGGCGUACCUAGGAGCGACAGCCAUCAAUGUGGAUUCCUUUAUCAGACAGGUUCUCCCCUCCUCACAACCGCUUCACAGCAAUCCUCCUCUCCCAACCUAUCCCUUUGAUCACAGUCAGACGUACUGGACUCUCCCGCGACUGUCAAUUGCCCGGACCUGCCUCUCAAGGCCCAAACACCCUUAUCUUGGUGCUCCCACUCCAGAGACAGGAGAGGGAGAGUGGCGCUGGCGGCAUGUCCUGCAAGGCGCCGACACCCUGGACUGGAUCCAGGGACACCAGAUACAAUCACAGACCAUUCUUCCUGCCUCGGCGUGGCUAGUAAUGGUUUUUGAGGCGGCUCGACUGAUUGCUGAAGAAGACAACCUGCGACCUCAGUCAAUAGAGGUUCGCGAUCUCGCCAUUGAGAGGGCACUCGUUAUACCCCCGGAAGAUAUCGUCGAGACUCUCUUCACAGUGACCGAGAUCACCGGGGAGGAGAAUGAUAAGACACACUUGGCCGCAACAUUCACUUGUCAGGCCGUUUUGAAUGGCCGAUUCCGACGCUGUGCAUCUGGCCGCUUCAAGAUCGCUCGCGGGAAACGUGAUGAUGGUGAAGAUACGGCAAUACAUCAAAGGGAGCCUGCUGCUCUAAAGUCCAUCAGUCCAGAUCACUUUUAUACUGAGCUGCACAAGCUCGGCUAUCAUUACUCGGGUCUCUUUCGCUCCCUGACAGACAUUCGGCGGCGUCGAGAUCUGGCUGUGGGAACAGUCACCGCACUGGAUCAUCUGUAUGAAGACGAUCUUUGCAUCCACCCGGCCACGCUGGACGUUAGUCUGCAUACCCUGCUAGGGGCCAUUGGAUACCCAGGGGACGGUCAAAUCUCUGGUCUCUAUCUUCCAACCUACAUAGAGCGUGCAAGUAUAAACCUGACCUGGAGGUGUCGCGGUCAGCUCACCGUUCAGGCAACGCUGUCUCCAGAUAGCCUUUUAUCUGGGGGCGUGACUAUUUUUGACUCCCAAGGACGGAACUGCAUCCAAGUUGAGGGCCUACAGUUAUCACAACUCACAGAAGCCAGCUAUAAAGAGUGGCCGAUGUUCGCAGAGGAAGUCUGGGGUCCCUUGCUGCCGUCGCUGCCUUCUACCACUUCUUCCUCCUCCAUAGUUGAUCAUCUUGCCCUUCUAUACUUACGCGAGGUAGCCCUCAAGUUAACUGAUGAAGACCGCCAACGAGUGGAAAGACACAGAGUGCGGUGUAUGGAAUGGAUGGAUCACAUCAUGGUGACAGUUUGCUCAGGGAAGCACCCGAUAUUUUCACCUGACUCUCUAGAGAGCGAUAUGACCUCAGUCCUACCACUUGCAAGGCAACAGGUCCGGCCAGAAGUGGUCCAGACUUUAGAAAUGGUCAAGAGUAACCUGGCGGACUGGCUGCGAGGUGACAAGGAUGUCUUAUUAGAUCAUAACCCUAGUCGAGACGAACUGAUUCUUCGUCUUGAUCCUGAAUCUAUCCACGCUCUGGCCACUGUUAUCAAGCAACUGGUUUUCCGGUACCCGCGCAUGAGAAUAUUGCAAGUUGGAGCCGGCGAUGGGGUUAUCACUCGCCAGAUUCUAGACCAGAUCAGGGAGAACUAUCACUCUUACACGUUCACCGACAUAUCGGCAGUCUUGGUCCAGAAGGCCCAGGAGGAGCCAGUAGACCGUUUUGUCUAUAAGACUUUGAAUUGUGAGCAGGAUAUCACUGAACAGGGCUUCAAGGAGCAUGAAUAUGACCUUGUGAUUAUCAGUGAUAUUUUCUAUCGCCUUAUCGAGAGCACCUUGGCCAACCUUGCCCGUCUACUCAAACCCGGUGGCAGACUGGCGGUUUUAACCAUCGCGGAUCCUGAUUCCAUUGCCUGGCAUCUUAUCCUUAGCGGGAUGGAGCAAUCAUCGCUGGAGAGGGUCCAUUUCAAUGGCAGUCAAACAUGGGUCGACUUGCUGGAGAAAACUGGCUUCAAUAAUGGCAUGGAGACAACCCUAAACCCUAACCCUAACCCUAACUCAGCCAACCUUCCAGGCAUGUCUGUCUUCACUGCCCAAGCAGUGGACGAGAAGCUCCAGAGGAUGCAAAACCCUCUCGCUGCCAUACAUGAUCAACAACAAUAUCCAGACCUCAUCCUAGUUGGGGGUUCCACAGCAAGCACCGCCGAGCUACUUGCUGAUAUCAGAACUCUACUCGCACCAUUCUUCUCGCGCAUCACGGCGGUGACUACAGUGGAAGCCUGUAACCUCCCUCCAGACAUCUCAUUAGCUGUCGUUUUGGUUACCUGUGAUAUGGACAGCCCGUGUCUGCACUCACCCACUGCGGACCGUCUGCGUGGUUUGAAGGAUAUAAUCCGCGUAUCAGGCCGGAUGUUGUGGCUCGCCAUGAGCAAUGAUCUUCAGGCAGACCCAUUGCUACGCAUGAGUAAGGGGUUUUUACGCUCGUUAGCAUUUGAGAAUCCACAUAUUGUGUUCCAGCAUCUCACCAUGGAAGAUGCGUUAACUGCCGCCUCCCCCGAGUUCGUCGUGUCAGCUCUCCUGCGCCUGCUUUAUGUGAAUGUUGAGGCCGAUUAUCAUCCCUUCUCGUGCAUAGAGAGCGUCGAGCCGGAACUCCUGCUCAAGAACGGUGUCUUGAGAAUUCCACGCAUACAAAGCAACAGAUCCAUGAACAGCCGCUGGCUGGCCAGUCGAGGGUCUGUCCAAAUGAACAGCUCAGACACCAAUACCAUCUCCGCCAGUCACCUCAUCCACUUGAGCCCACACAGAACCUAUCUCCUGGCCGGGAUGACAGGUGAUCUCGGUUGCUCAUUGUGUCAAUGGAUGAUCACUCGUGGAGCUCGCUCCCUUGUCCUCGCUAGCCGUUCUCCCAAGGUUGAUGCCGAAUGGCUAGCUGAGAUGGGUUCCCUAGGUGCUUCCGUAGUGGCCAUGUCUAUGGACCUCUCAGAUCGUCCUUCCGUCCUCCAGGUCCAUGCACGGAUUAAGUCCGAAUUACCUCCUCUCGGCGGUAUUGUCCAAGGAGCGAUGGUCCUGCGUGACACUGCCUUUGGCGAUGCAACCCUAGAAGACAUCCAGGCGGUCCUGGCGCCCAAAGUCCAGGGCAGCCAGAUCCUCAAUGAGCUCCAUCAAAAUACAGACCUUGAUUUCUUCCUCCUCAUCGGUUCAAUCUCCGGACCCGCAGGCAACUUCCACCAGACAGCCUAUUCUGCCGCAACGGAAUUCAUGGCUGGGCUUAUACAUCAGCGCCGCCGUCGCGGUCAGGUAGGCAGUAUCAUCCACCCCUCUCAGCUGUGUGGCGUCGGAUACCUGGCGGGCCUGGAUGCUCAGCACAGGAACACCCUGACCGACCGAAUGGGCUCUUUUGUCCUGUCGGAACGGGACUUUCUCGAACUCGUCGCCGAGGGUAUCCUCGCCGGGAAGCCAGGCUCUGGGCGGUCGCCGGAGAUCAUGGGCGGCCAUCGCAUGGUCGAUCUGGCCGAAUUCCCCGACGCGAUGUUGUACCGCAACCCGAAAUACUGGCCGUUUUUCCGGCAGUCAGGAGUCGUAGAGAACCAGCAGGAGCAGCAUCAGGCAGUUCAACCGAUCAAAGCACAGAUCGCUGCCGCAGCCAACCUCCCUGCCGCUACAGAGAUCAUUGCCAACAACUUCCUGGAUCGCCUGCGUCGGAAGCUGCGUCUGCCUCCGGAUGCCGUUCUCUCGUGGGAGACCUUGUUGACCGAGGUGGGCGUCGACUCGAUCCUCGCCGUCGACCUUCGCUCUUGGUUCCUCACGGAGCUGGGCGUCGAUAUUGCAGUGUUGCAGCUGUUGGGGGGGUCCAUUGAAGCUCUCGUGAAGAGCGCUGUGCAAAAGCUUGGUUUGACGGACGCUUUAGCUGAUCCGUAG